CUCAAGAUAUAUCUAUUAUAAAAUCUCAGAAAUUAAGUGACAUUGAUGCUCCUACUAUCAAUCCAAAUGAAUUGAGUGAACCUUCAAAUUUUAUGAAGGAUGACGUUCGUGCUCUUACUAGUUUACAGAAUAUACUUGAAAAUUUAUCCGUAAAAUAUCCGAUAACUAAUGCACAAAUAUUAUCAGGUAAAACACAUAGGAGAGUUGGAGAAGAAGGUCCACCCGUUAACUUU